AUGAGUAAUCUCCCAAAGAGUAACCCCUUCUGUGGACAGGAGGGAUGGGGAGUUUGGCAUGGUGGAGACUUUAACACAUGCUUCGAGGAUACAGUCAUUAUGUUGCUGCCAGCGGCAUUCAUUGCAGUGUUUGGCGCCAUUCAAUGUUGGAAGCUGGCGCUUCGUGCAGAUAUCCAGACGUUCGCGCAGAUGCGUGACCAAUUCAAGACUUGGAAGAGGACUUUGCAGCUAGAGGUCAUCGUGUCCAUACUGCUGUGUGGCUGGAAGCUACUGUUCUUAUUCGUCGAGAUUGGAAUCAUUCGUGCACCCUUCAUCUGGGUCUACACCAUCAUCACCUUCCUCCAAUGGGCAUUCGCCCUCUACAUCGUCUUCCUUGAGCUCAAGAAGGGUGUAUCCCGCUCCUGGAAGGUCCGAUUCUUCUGGGUCUUGGCCUUCAUCGUCGCGACCAUCAAGAUGAGAUCACUAACAUUGGGUAUCUUCAAAGAAACCGAUAGGAUUGUUGGAUGGGCAGAGUACUUCUCAUUUUUGGGAGGAUACUUGUUGAUCUUGAUUCUGUCGAUCACUGGUGUGCUGUUCUUUGACAGCGACUUUACUUACUCGCGACUCAACCCGAUCACUGGCGAGGCAAGGGCCAACCUCUUCUCCAGGAUAACUUUCUGGUGGAUCAACCCCGUGCUCAAGGCCGGCUACAAGGACCCACUCGACAUGAAGGACGUGCCCAACCUGUCCGAGAUGGACUGGGCUCGCAACCUCUCGGAGAAGUUCGAGGCCGCCUGGGAGUACCAGCUGACGCAGCCCAAGCCCUCGUUGGUGCGCGCACUCUCCAAGUCAUUUGGUCCACACUUCUACAUGGCCGCCUUCUUCAAGGUCGUGCAGGAUGCGCUGAUCUUUGUCGGCCCAUUGCUGCUCAAGGGCGUGCUGACCUUUAUCAAGACCGACUCAAAGCAGCGCGACACCUACGAUGGCCUGCUCUUUGUCCUGUUCUACUUUUUGGCACCCGUCAUCCAGUCGCUCACAUUGCACCAGUACUUCCACCGCUGUUUCCGUGUUGGCAUGUGGCUCCGCUCGGCCGUCGUCACUGCCGUCUACAAGAAGGCCCUGAGGACAUCUCUGCGCGAGGGCACCUCCAUUGGUGAGAUCGUCAACCUGAUGUCUGUGGACGCACAAAAGUUCAUGGACCUGUGUCCUUACCUCCACAUGAUCUGGUCGGCCAUCGCUCAGUUGGUCGUUGCCAUGACACUGCUCUACUUCCAGAUUGGCGUGGCCAUCUUUGCCGGCUUUGGCAUCAUGUUGGUAGUCAUUCCCAUCAACCUGUACGUGUCCAACCUUGCCAAGAAGAGAAUGGGCACCGCAAUGAAGCUCAAGGAUCAGAGAAUCAAGGCUGUGAAUGAGGUGCUCAACGGAAUCAAGGUGAUCAAGCUCUACUCCUGGGAGCAGUCGUUCAUGGACCACGUCAAGGACGUUCGUGACCGCGAGCUCGGCGUCAUGACCAUCAUCAAGAUCAUUCAGGGCGUGGGCCAGAUGCUCUGGUCGAUGAGUCCAAUCUUUGUGUCGGUCACCUCGUUUGGCGUGUUCAUCGCACUCGGUGGCAAGCUCACCGCAGCCAUCGCUUUCCCCGCACUCUCACUGUUUAACGUGAUGCAAUUCCCCAUCAACAUGUUGCCAAUGGUGGUCAGCAGCAUCAUUGAAGCCAACGUCAGUGUUGGCCGUCUUCAGCGCUUCCUCCUCAAGAAGGAUCUCAACCCAGACGUAGUCAAGCGCGAGAUUAGCGAGCCCAACACCGUUAUCAAGGUGGACAAUGCUACACUCGAGUGGGAGCCCGGCAGAGAGACCCUCAAGAACAUCAACUUCUCUGUCAAGAAGGGAGAAGUCGUUGCCAUUGUCGGACAAGUCGGCAGCGGCAAGUCCAGUUUGAUCAACUCACUCGUCGGUGACCUCGACAACCCGGUCGGCAGCGUUGCCGUCAAGGGAUCGGUUGCCCUGGUUGCUCAACAGGCAUGGAUCCAGAAUGCCACACUCAAGAACAACAUCAUCUUCACAUCACAAUUCGACGAACAAAGAUACAACCGAAUCAUCGACGCCUGCAACCUCAUCCCCGACAUCAAGAUCCUACCCGGAGGUGAUGCCACCGAGAUUGGUGAGAAGGGUAUCAACCUUUCAGGAGGCCAAAAGCAAAGAGUUAGCAUUGCAAGAGCUGUCUACAACGAUGCUGACAUCUACUUGUUUGAUGAUCCACUGAGUGCUGUGGACGCACACGUUGGCAAGUCAAUCUUCACCAAUGUUAUUGCCAAGGAUGGAUUGCUUGAGGGCAAGACAAGGAUUUUGGUCACACACGGCAUGCACUUCCUACCAUUCGUCGACAGAGUCAUCAUGAUGAAGGAUGGACGUAUUGCUGAGGAAGGCUCUUAUGAGUUCCUGAUGGCCAACGAUGGUCCAUUCGCAUCAUUGAUGAAGUAUCAAGAGAAGACCAAGACUGUCGAUGAAGAAGGAGAGGAUAUUGAGGAGGAGUUGGAGGAGCUCGAGGAGGAGGAGGAGCAGGACCAGAGCAUGGAGCUGCCAACACAUCACACAUCCAACUCUGCAGUCAUUGUCGACCAGCCCGAGGACUUGGAGGAGGUUGGACUGAUGGAGGACGAGGGUUCAUCAAGCUCGCCCGUCGAUGACAACGAUCGCGUGAGACUGAUCGCCUCACCAGUCUCGCUCAAGAAGUCAGCGUCCCAGCUGUCCCCAGGCGAGAUCUCAAUGAAGCCACUCAGAAAGUCUGGCACUGGUCUGCGAUCGUCCACAAAGGGUGCCUCUGCCUCUGCUGGCGGCGCCUCUUCCUCUGGCGGCUCUACUGCCGGUGGCGCCAAGGAGGCCGACACACAGGGCAAGCCUGCCCAAGACAAGCUGAUCACCACCGAGACCAGAAACGAAGGAAAGGUGUCGAUGAAGGUAUACUUCUCAUACUUCCGCGCCAUUGGAUACUUGCUGUGCAUAGCCAUCUUCCUCACAUACGUGGGUACACAGGUGCUGAGCAUUCUGGCCAACGUCGUGCUGUCCCAAUGGUCCGACUCGGCCACAAACGACGCGAAGAAGUAUCUGCUCGUCUACAUUGCCUUCUCAAUGUCAUCAGUCGUCGCCACACUGUUCCGAACAUUCGGCAUGGUCUACUCGUCGAUCAAGGGUUCCAAGAUGUUCCACGAGACCAUGUUCAAGUCGGUCAUUCGCUCGCCCAUGUCCUUCUUUGACACGACACCCAUUGGCCGUAUCCUGAACCGUUUCUCCAAGGACCAGCUCACCAUCGACGAGUCGAUCUCGCGUACCAUGGGCAUGUUCCUCAACACGUUCUGCCAGGUGUUUGGCUCGAUCAUUGUCAUUGGCAUUGUGUCGCCAUUCGUCAUCUUGGCCAUGGUGCCCAUCGCCGCACUGUUCUACUUUAUCCAGCGCUACUACCUCAACAGCUCACGAGAGCUCACGCGUCUCGAGUCCAUCUCGCGUUCGCCCAUCUACGCACACUUCAGUGAGACGCUGGCGGGCGUCACCACGAUCCGUGCCUUCCAGGAGACAUCCAAGUUUGUUCGCGAGAAUGAGAGUCUGCUGGACAACAACCAGAAGUGCUACUACAUCAACAUUAGUGCCAACAGAUGGCUUGCGCUGCGUCUCGAGUUCUUGGGCGCCUGCAUUGUCACAUCCACUGUGCUGUACGCCGUGCUUGCCAGCAUUUCCGGCCACAUCCAGCCCGGCACAGCCGGUCUGGUCAUCACAUACGCACUGGCCAUCACCUCCAACAUGAACUGGAUGGUGAGAAUGUCGUGCGACCUUGAGAACUCUGUCGUCUCUGUCGAGCGUAUCCAAGAGUACUGCCAGCUGCCCAGCGAGGCCGCACUGAUCAACGACAAGCGCAUUGCCAAGCAGUGGCCCGACCAGGGUGCCAUCGUGUUCCGCGAUCUCUGGCUCGCAUACCGCGAGGGCCUAGACCCAGUUCUGCGUGGCGUCUCCUGUCGCAUCGAGUCCAAGCACAAGGUGGGCAUUGUCGGUCGCACUGGCGCCGGCAAGUCCUCGCUCACCCAAGCGUUGUUCCGUAUUGUCGAGCCCCUACGCGGCACCAUCGAGAUCGAUGGCAUUGACAUCACCGAGCUCGGCCUGCACGACCUUCGCAGCAGGAUUGCCAUCAUUCCCCAGGACCCGGUGUUGUUUGCCGGCACCAUUCGCAGCAACCUCGAUCCAUUCGACAAGUACACCGACCUGCAGCUCUGGGAGGCACUGGAGCGCUCACAUCUCAAGAACGCCGUUCAAGCACUGGACCUGGGCCUCGACGCGCCCGUCCAGGAGAAUGGUGAGAACUUCUCGGUUGGCCAGCGCCAGCUGAUGUGCAUGGGUCGUGCCCUGCUCAAGAAGGCCAAGAUCAUUGUAAUGGAUGAGGCUACGGCCGCCAUCGACAUUGAGACCGACGCCCUCAUUCAAAAGACCAUCCGCAGUGAGUUCUCUCAAUGCACAGUGUUGACGAUCGCGCACAGAAUCAAUACUAUCAUCGACAGUGACAUGGUGAUGGUGCUGGACAAGGGAGAGCUAGUCGAGUUUGACUCACCAGAGGUGUUGCGCAACAGACCAUCCAGUAUCUUCUACUCUUUGGUUCAAAAGUCUGAGAUGGAACAUUAA